GCGGAGCAGCGUCGGCGUCUCUUCCCCCCUCAAACUCAAAUUCCCGCCAUCCGAGGAGGGAAGGAAGAGACAUGUCAAAGAAAAGGGGGCUGAGUGUUGAAGAGAAGAGAACACGGAUGAUGGAAAUAUUUUUUGAAACAAAAGAUGUAUUCCAACUAAAAGACAUUGAGAAAAUUGCUCCAAAAGAGAAAGGAAUCACUGCUAUGUCGGUGAAGGAGGUCUUACAGAGCUUAGUUGAUGAUAGUAUGGUGGACACGGACAGGAUUGGGACUUCAAAUUAUUUUUGGGCUUUUCCAAGUAAAGCACUUCAUGCAAGAAAGCGUAAACUGGAGGAACUGCAGAAUCAGUUCUCAGAAUAUAGCCAAAAGAAAAAAAGCUUACAAGAAACCAUUGAGAAAUCAAAAAUUGGGCGCCAAGACACUGCAGAACGUGCUGCACUCAUAAAGGAACUUACUGCCCUUCGUCAGAAGAGAGACCAACUAAAGGCAGAAAUAGAUAAAUACAAAGAAUGUGAUCCGGAUAUUGUUGAAGAAAUCCGUCAAGCAAAUAAAGUAGCUAAGGAAGCAGCCAACAGAUGGACUGAUAAUAUCUUUGCAACAAAAUCUUGGGCCAAACGGAAGUUUGCGUUUGAAGAGAGCAAAAUUGACAAAACAUUUGGUAUUCCUGAAGACUUUGACUACAUCGAUUAGAAACGUUUAGUAAGAAUGGCAAGUAAUUUAAUAUUGUUCAAGAGAUUUUGUUUUCAUUCCAAAGUUUCUUUUUCUUUUACCAUUAUUUGUAUUUUGGUUAAUAAAAUCUGAAAAUACAUU